AUGCGUGUUUACACCGACCUUGGACGUAUCGACAAGGUGCGUGAGGUGCUUAGCGUGGGACUGCGCGACCUCGACGCCCCAGUGGAGCUCAUGUCUACAUCGCCUGCGCAAUAUGCGUGGCUGGGCAGCAGCGCGAGGCGGCGGGAUGGCGGCACCACCGCAGCUGCCGCCAGUACCUCGUUGAAGCUGCAAACCAACCUCCUCGCCCCGGCUGCAGCUGAGAGGGAGCGCAGGCUGUGUGACACCAGCGCCGUCAUUCGGUGGCGCCGGCCCGCCAUGCUCAACGCCGACGUCUUCAACGCGUACUUUGAAGCCCUCACGCGCCGCAGAAAGUACGCUGUCGAGGAGGUCAACUUUGUGCUCGAUCAGAUGAAGGCGUGCGGGGUGGAGAAGGACGCGUUGACGUACCACUACUUGGUGGAGCUGCACGUGCGAGCAGGCUACGACCCGACCGGGUUGUGGGAAGAGAUGAAGCAGCUGGUGCCAGAAAUGACCCCGCUGCCUGCCACAGUACAAACGUUCAUGCUGCGCAUUGUGCCGUACAGCACAGACCCCUCCCUCGUGGUAGAGGUAACACGCGCCGCUCUGCGGUACGGCACCGCCAUCGUGGACAAGCGCAUGCUAACUGAGCUGAUGGUGCAGUGGCUGAGCCCGGUGCGCACCCCCACCCACGCUGAGAGUAACGCAAGCAGCGGCAGCCAGCAUACCGUGGCGCAGGCAUCUCGCAUUGGACUCAAUGCCGCCUCGUCGUCCUCUGCAGUGCAGUACCCACCGGAGUACGUGUUGUGGCUUAUGCUGGAGCUGGAGCUGCGCUGCGUCUUGGAGAAGGCGAGCUUUAGCCAAUACGUUCAGCGCCAGUACUUUACAGAGUUGCUGCUGCGCUGCGCCAAGUGCACCGACGCGGGUACAGCGGAGCAGGUGCUUGCACUGAUGGACAGGCAAGCCAUCGCCAAGACGGCAGAGGUGCUGGCGCUGGUUGUGUGGUGCUGGUCGCAGGCACUCGAGGUUGAGAAGGCGCUCGACCUUAUCGAAUGGAUGGCGCUUAAAGGCUACCUCGACCAGGUCGACUGCUUCCGCAAGGCGCAGAUCGAGUCGCUGCGCUACACGAUGGACCGCCACUACCUCAUGACAUUCACCGAUGCCAUUCACACGCCGGCUCUGGUGGAGCGUGCGCUGUCGCACCUGCAGGCACGCCGGCAGAAGGGCGAGCUGGUGACGGUGCACACACUUGACUUGCUGGUGCUGGCUCUGGCUCGCAUCGGCGAGGAGCGCAAGGCGUUGCAGCUUGUCUCCGCCUACGAGCCUAGAUGGGGAGUGGCGCCGCGGACGAACACAUACAACGCCCUCCUCACCGGCUGCUCACGCUACCGCAGCACGAUGCUGCACCGCGUGGUGUACAAGACGAUGAAGAACAGCGGAGUUGUGCCAAACGUGCUGACGUUUCGCGUGCUGAUUCGCCAGGCCGUGACGUCCGGCAACAUCGACGAGGCCAUCGCCUACCUGGAAGAGGUCACCACCUACCCUGGGCUACGGGUUGAGGUGGAGAUGAUCCUGCCUAUUCUGGAAAGAGCCGCCCGCGUCGGCGACGGGGAGACGGCCACCCGCGUCAGCCAGUAUUCUCUCAAGUGCGACAUCGGCAUCGACGGCAGCGUGCUGCGCAGCGCCAUACAGCAACUGACCGAGGCAGGGCAAAGCGUAGAGGUGCUGAAGAGCCAACUGCCGCUGCACGAAGCGCUGCGUUCGCGCUCCAAGGCGGGUCGCCAGCGCGCCCGCAACGAAGUGCUCGUGUAA